AUGCCUGGAACCAAGCGACCGUUCCAAGCGGACUUGGACUCAACCAACGGCCCAGACGGAGACGCCGUCCACCCUUCCCGCAAACGAAAAGUCAGUGAAGCCGACGCCGAACUCUCAGAAAUCUUCAAUGGCCUUCGUGAUGAGCUGCCUACGGUCCGCACAGAAGCGACGCUCAAUUUAAUACGAAAGCUGGCCGUCAAGACACCGGAGCAGAGCCAAAAGAUCAACAAUGCCAUCACCCGACUCAUCAAAGGCGUCUGCAGCAGUUCCAAAGGUGCACGAUUGGGAUUCUCACUCGCGUUAUCGGAAGUCCUACGACUGGCGAGGAAAGGCGAAGCGAAAGUCAGCGUGGGACAGAUGGUGGAGAAAGUCGAAGCUUUAACGCGGCCGAGUGAGAGGGAUGGCAAAGUCAGUGGGGAGGAGAAGAGGAAUUAUGCCAUUGGACGACGAUUCGCGUUUCAGGCGAUUCUGCAGAGCGGUGCGUUAUCGGAGAAGACGACGGAGGAAGAGGAGGCGAGGGUCGUGUUUGAUGCUGUGGCGAAGUUGGCGGCGGAGAAGGAUUGGUUGAGGAGUGAGUGCGGACUGAUGCUGCAUGAGUGGUUGAAAGCUCCGGGUGGGGAGGUCAAAGCGGGAGUUUUGAAGGCGUUGGUGGAGGUUUGGGCGGCGAAGGGGUUGGUGAAGACGCCGGAGGGAGUGGCGUUGUGGUUGACGAUUCGGACGGGUUUCGAGGGGUUCAAGUUGCCAAAGGGGCAUUGGCAUCAUAAUAACCCGUUGUCGUCGCAGGAGAGGGCGAUGUUGACGAAGGUGUUGCUUAAGACGGCGGACGAUUCGACGGAGGCUGCUGAAACGGAAGGUGCGGUGAAGAAGAAGUCUGCUGGGACGAGGGACUCGAUUCCGAGUUUUGCUUGGAGUGUGGUGCUUGCUCACCUGUACGAGCAGAACAACGGAAAGGAGUUUGCACAGUUCUGGGAAGACUGUGUGGCGAAACCCAUGUUCUCAGCCUCGUCGAAACCGGAGAGGAAGUUUCUUGGCUUGCAAAUCUUCACCAAAGCAUUGGCGAGUGCUCCGGCGGAAUUGCUGGGCAAAGUCACGCAUGCGAACAUCAUUCGGUGCAUUUUGGAUCAGCGUGUUAAGCCGGAUCGAUAUCUGUUCGAAGCCGCGAAACCUCCGUUGAACCAGAUGGCGAGUCGAGCCAAGAGUGAUCCUGCUGCUGGUGCUGAGAUUGUCCGUCAAGUGUUGACUGUUCUACCUGCGGGCCCGCUGGACAAGUUGACGAAAGCGACCAUCGAUUCGAUGCUGGCUGUGGCAGCUCCGCUCGAGCCGCUUGUGCAGACUUUUCAUGAUUUGUGCUUACGGCCGGGAGUGUCAGACACGAGUGAAGCCGAGAAGAAACGACGAAUGUUGGCGGACUUCAUGCUGGAAAUGGUGCGGACUCGGAGAAAUGACGAGAGCAAGAAGUGGCUCAAACCUCUCCUGAAGCAUCUCGCCGAGCUGGCGUAUGCGGAGGUUGAGGGUGAUGUGUCGCCCAAAUUGACUGAAGCGAGUCGAGGUGUGUUCCGCGAGAAACUGAUGCUGGCGCUCGGACAUCUCAUGGACCUCCCACUCGAGCAAGCAGUGGCGCAUACUUCAACCGUGGUGGACAAGCUCCACUCUGCCCGCAAGUCGCUCUCGAACGAACUGGACAAGGACGCAAGUUCAGCCAUCAAAGCUGCUCGCGCCCAGAUCGCCAGUGCGGAAGCCAAGAAGGAUGCCGACGACGACAGCGCGAACAAAGUUAACCUCGCCUUCCGUCUUCUGCUCGGUCUCGGAAUCUUACAAGUCUACAAGCAAGAGCCGGAGAGUGUGAGUGUGCUGCAAGACAUUGUCACUUGCUACAGCAGUCCGCAAGACGAUGGCGAUGCUUCGACCAUGUUGGUCGAGCUGCUGCUCAGCUUUGUGUCCAAGCAAUCAUCGUUGUUCCGUAAGCUGGCGGAGCAAGUCUUUGCGGCCUUUGCGCCGGAUGUCACCGCCGAGGCGUUGCAGAGUAUGAUUGACAUCUUGUCGCAGAAGGAGAGUUUAGCUGGGCAGCAAGAGUUGUUCAAGCAGGGCGAUGAGGAGGAAGAAGAAGAUGACGAAGAUGAUGACGAUGACGAAGCCUCCGAUGUCGAGAUGGAAGACGUAGACGACGCAUCCGACGUCGAAAUCGUCAACGGCGUCGUCGCCAGCGCCGACAACGAAGCCUCUGCCAGCGCCUCCGACUCUGCCAGCGAUACCUCCUCCCCUCCCUCCAACGAAGACGAAGAAGCCGCCUUUGACCGCAAACUCGCCGCCGCCCUCGGAACAGCCGGAAUAGACAACGACGCCGCCGCCUCCGACUCCGACGGAUCCGACAUGGACGACGACCAAAUGAUGGCUCUCGAACCGCACCUCACCACCAUUUUCGCCGAACGCAAAAAGGGCUCCCAUACCAAACAAGACAACAAAGACGCCAAAGCGAAUAUUGUCAAUUUCAAAAACCGCGUGUUGGAUCUGUUGGGUGUGUAUGUGAAGAGUCAGUAUGCGAGUCCGCUGGUGUUGGAUCUGUUGCAUCCGCUUGUUACGUUGACGAGGACGACGGGGAGUCAGCCGACGGCGAAGAAGGCUUGUGAUUUGUUGGAAGAAGCCCAGGGCGAGGAAGAAGGCUCCGACGACGAAGACACCGUCGAAGCGUCCCCCCUCUACCUCAUCCUCAUGGCCAUCCACGCGGAAAUGAUGCACGGCGGCUCGAAAGUGCACGCGACGGCAUGUAGUCGGACGUCGCAAUUCCUGGCGAAGAUUUUGAUUCAUCAGGAUCCCGAGCAUUGGACGAGGGUGAAUGCGAUGUAUGGGGAGUUGCAGGCGAGGUGGAGGGUGGAUGUGGGGAGUAAGGUGCAGGGGAGUGUGUUUAAUGAUUGGCAUAGUUUUUCGAUGCAGAGGGGUGGGGUUUGA